GCAGUGGAUUUGCGCAAAACUGCCUGCACUGCUGCACUUUUAUCAACGCGGGAUCCACUUGGCCGCCAGCUUUUCUGGUUUUUUCUAACACCGUACGAAGUGAGGUGCGUCGCUUCAAUCUUCCACCUUCUUUCGGUUUACUAGUGGGUGGGAGUCGAUCCUCCACUAUCUUUGGUUUGCGACUUCAAUCUCAACGAUCUAGGGUGUUGUAGAAGCUUAAAAUGGCAUCAAAGAGGAUUGUGAAGGAACUCAAGGACCUACAGAAGGACCCUCCAACCUCCUGCAGUGCAGGUCCCUUGGGUGAAGAUAUGUUCCAUUGGCAAGCUACUAUAAUGGGGCCACCUGAUAGUCCUUAUGCUGGAGGCGUUUAUUUAGUGAACAUUCAUUUCCCACCGGAUUAUCCCUUCAAGCCACCAAAGGUUGCCUUUAAGACCAAGGUCUUCCACCCAAAUAUCAAUAGCAACGGAAGUAUCUGUUUGGAUAUUCUGAAGGAGCAGUGGAGCCCUGCUCUGACCAUUUCUAAGGUCUUGCUUUCUAUCUGCUCACUAUUGACUGAUCCGAACCCGGAUGACCCACUUGUGCCUGAGAUUGCUCAGAUGUAUAAAACCGACAGAGCAAAGUAUGAGGCCACUGCUCGCAACUGGACCCAGAAGUAUGCCAUGGGAUGAAACAUGCUCCACCUCUUCUUCGUUUGAGACUGUUUGGAUAUUUAAUUUCUUUUUGUUUUCUGGAAAACCAUCUGUUCCCUUCCCAUCUUUAUCUUGGUUCUGGCGCUGUUAAUCGAAUACCAGGCUUUCAUUCACUCCCUCCUGUAUACCGGAUUUGUUGCUUUCUUAAAUUUAAAAAUUUGCACAACUUUUUUACUUUCUAA